AUGUCCGCCUUAUUGAAAGAAACAUUUGCCAGAUGCAAGAAGGAAGGCAGAAAUGCCCUCGUCAACUUCAUCACCGCAGGCUACCCCACCGUCGAAGAUACCAUCCCUAUCAUGCUUGGAAUGCAAGAGGCUGGUGUCGACAUCAUUGAGUUGGGUGUUCCCUUCUCUGACCCUAUUGCUGAUGGUCCUACUAUUCAGGCUGCUAACGUGGUUGCUUUGGAUAACGGAAUUACCGUUCCUCAGUGUUUGGACUUGGUUUCCCAGGCCAGAAGCCAGGGUGUCAACAUUCCAAUCAUCUUGAUGGGUUACUAUAACCCAAUCAUGAAGUACGGCGAAGAAAAGAUGAUCGAAGACUCAGCUAAGGCUGGUGCCUCUGGUUACAUCGUGGUGGACUUGCCUCCUGAGGAAGCCAUUAAGUUUAGAACUACUUGUGCCAAGUAUGGUCUCUCUUAUGUGCCAUUGGUUGCACCUGCUACCACCGAUGCCCGUUUGCAAGUUUUGGGCGAAAUCGCCGACUCCUUCAUCUAUGUGGUAUCGAGAAUGGGUACCACUGGUGCCUCCACCGAAGUUUCUCAGGGAAUUGCCGAGUUGUGUGCCAGAGUUAGAAAGUUCUCUGGUGAUACACCAUUGGCUGUUGGAUUUGGUGUUUCCACUAGAGAGCACUUUUUGACCGUUGGAGAGGCUGCAGAUGGUGUGGUGAUUGGCUCCAAGAUCAUUACCCUUUUGGGCGAGUCUCAGCCAGGCACCAGAAGAGAGGUCACUUACAACUAUGUCAGAUCAAUCUUGGGUGAAGACUACAAGGCCGAGCCAGCACCUCCAUUCAAGCCAUACGAGGCUCCAUCCCACGUUUCUGAGACUAAGGCUUUGUUGGAGGAGGCUCACCAAUACAACCCUCGUUUCGGAGACUUUGGAGGCCAAUAUGUUCCGGAGGCCUUGCACACCUGUUUGGCUCAGUUGGAGCGUGGUUUCGAGAGCGCUGUGGCUGACCCAUCCUUCUGGAAGGACUUCAGGGAUUUGUACUCGUACAUUGGUAGACCGUCCAGUUUGCAUAAAGCUGACCGUUUGACUCAGCACGCUGGAGGUGCUCAGAUCUGGUUGAAGAGAGAGGACUUGAACCACACUGGUUCGCACAAGAUCAACAACGCUUUGGCUCAGGUCUUGAUUGCCAGAAGAUUGGGCAAGACCAAGAUUAUCGCCGAGACUGGUGCCGGUCAGCACGGUGUGGCUACUGCCACCGCUUGUGCCAAGUUUGGUUUGUCUUGUACCGUGUACAUGGGAGCUGUGGAUGUUAAGCGUCAGGCCUUGAACGUUUUCAGAAUGAGAAUUCUCGGUGCCAAGGUUAUUGCUGUCACCAAUGGUACUGCAACUUUGAGAGACGCCACCUCUGAGGCUUUCAGAUCCUGGGUAUCUAACUUGGAUGACACUCACUAUGUGGUUGGUUCAGCCAUUGGUCCUCACCCAUACCCUACCUUGGUGAGAACUUUCCAGAGUGUUAUUGGUCAAGAAGUUAAAGAGCAAUUCGGUAAAUUGAACGAGGGCCGUUUGCCAGACGCUGUGGUCGCUUGUGUUGGUGGAGGUUCUAACUCCACUGGUUUGUUCUCUCCUUUCGAGAAAGACACGUCCGUCAGAAUGUUGGGUGUUGAGGCUGGUGGUGACGGUGUGGACACCGACAGACACUCUGCUACGUUGAGUUGUGGUAUUCCAGGUGUUUUCCACGGUGUCAGAACCUACGUUUUGCAAGAUAAUGAUGGUCAGGUCCAGGACACCCAUUCUGUCUCUGCUGGUUUGGACUACCCAGGUGUUGGUCCUGAAUUGGCUUACUGGAAGAGCACUGGUAGAGCUGACUUCAUCUCUGUUACCGAUGCCCAGGCUUUGGAAGGUUUCAGAUUGUUGUCUCAGUUGGAAGGUAUUAUCCCAGCCUUGGAAUCUUCCCACGCUAUCUACGGUACUGUUGAACUCGCCAAGACCAUGAAGCCAGAUCAGCACAUUGUUGUGAACGUUUCUGGUAGAGGAGACAAGGAUGUUCAGAGUGUUGCCAAUGUUUUGCCCAAGUUAGGUGACAAGAUUGGCUGGGACUUGAGAUUUGAAGAUGAUCCAUCCAAGUAA